GUGGCUGAGAUCGGAUGCGCGUCACCUUCGUUUUCCUUCCGGUGACUCGCGUGUCGCGCGGCCACGCGCGCGUGACCUCUUCCGCGUUCCGUCGCGUCGCGUCGCGUCUCGAUCUCCUUAACUGACUAGGCGCGUCUGAUCAGGCGCGCGGUUCCUCCACUGAUUUUGCCCGGCGCCGGGCCGCGCCGCGCCGGCCUUCCGUUUUCACCGCGAACGCGCCAAACUUUCCACACGACCGCUGCGUGCUCUAUCUCGUCGUUGAGUCCCGAUUUGAAAAUUAAAAAAAAAAAUUGAAGGAGCAGAGACGAACGGUGCACUUUUUAUCGUAAUUAUACAAUUGAAAAAAAAAACGCGCUUAAAUCGGGUUCAACGUGGAAGCUUCGGAAAUCGGUAGUUCCGUUUCGAAGGUUUUUCGUCGACUUCGAUCGCGUGAAAAGAAGGCUUAUGUGCGAAAGAAAGCUUAUGUAGAAAUGCAGAGGUAGGCACGAUGAUACUUGCGUUGUCGUGCACUCACGGAAUUAUAUCCCGCGAAAAGUCGUGCGUGAUGUGCAGCACGGCAUGCCGAAAGCGAGACGGCUUGGGCGCGCCGGUGUGUACGGGUAACCAACCUGCGAGGUUAACGUUAUGGUAACGUGAAUCGAUCGCCUUGAUUUUCGUUCUCCCUCCAUAACAUCUGUCACGGCAAGAACUUCGCGGUCGAACGUUACGAGAACCGUGUUUAGCUCGUGCGAACGUGUUGCGAGUUGCGAGUGAAUCUGUCGAGGUGGAUUCGAAAUUCGUCAAAUUUUAGCGAAUAUUUUAAUAUACAACGUCGACAUUUUUCUACGGUUGCGAGUGCUGGAUUUUUUUUGAAAAACUCUUGCCCGGUUUUGAAGUUUCCGUUCUCUCGCGAAAGGACACGUGAAGAGAGAGAGAGAGAGAGAGAGAGAGAGAGAGAGAGAGAGAAGUGAAUGAAAAGGGUUGACUUUGCUGCGUAUCAUGAAUACGACGUAUCCGUCGUUUCCGAGAAUCACCGGCCGGCAAUUACGCGCUGUCGAUUGCGACAGAGAAGCACUAUAAUUGAAAAGGAUACGAUCGAAACUUGGACGGAAUUGUGAUAAAUGCUCGUUCCUACUCCGCAGGACGGUCAGAUCGAACGAAAUUAAAAUUAAAAUUGAUCGAACACGCGACAGAUUUUUAUUCUUACGGAGAAUCGCAAAAAAAAAGCGUUAACCGUUCUUAAAUACAUAUCAGUAUACUACGGUAGUAUCAUGGCUAGUGACGAUAGACAAAGACAAAUUCAUUCUGUGAUAUGAUCUUUUUUUACGCGCUUUUAAGACGAGCGGUGUGAGAACUUUUAUUUGCACUUGGAAAUUAAAUUGGUAAUCAUCAUUUUGAAAGGACGGACGAUAAUGUACACUUUAAAUACAUGAAAGCGCAGUUGACAUUAUCUCCAAAUGCAUCGAACAAAAGUGCAAAGGUUAACGACCUCGUUGUUCGAAUCGUAAAGACCUCUCUCUUUCAUAGCUUCGCGAAGAAAGUUUGAAAUCUCAGGGAGAGAGAAAUGGCCAAAACGUAGACGCUGUGCAACGCGCGGAUUAUAUCGAUGCGAUGUCGAACGAGAAAAAGAGGAUCGCGAGUAAAUCGGAGCCUCGUCGCGGUGCUGGAACUUAAGGGAGUGCAUCAACGGCAGGAUAAUGUGAAAGCAUACAUAUAAAAUUAACAAAGCACCGCGUAGCGUUAUAUAGGAGAGAAUAAUGGAGUCUCGUAUGCUUGCAUACGGCGACGAGAAAUAUCGAGGAAAUAAGGCUCGGUAGUCGGGAUUGACAACAAUGUCUAGAUCAGGCAAGGACCCGGUGCAGAAGUGCCACUCGGAUCCGGGCGCAGCCGGCGCUUCAUGCAGCCUAAGCAGGCGGAUCUCACGGAGACAAGUGCCGUGCAUUCCAUCCUCGCCGAAUACACGCAAGUGUGUAUUAACCUUGGACGGAUACAGUUACGUGAUCGUUGCAUCUCCACCAGACAGACGAGUCACGAGGGACGAUAUCGGAGUGGCCUCGGCCGGUGCAGCGGCGAACAGCGCGUCCGCCACCAGCUGCAGCGGUGCAAGCGGCGCAGCAUCCACGAGGCCGCGCAAUCCUUCUUCCUCUCCUGAUCGAAACGGCCAACUUUCCAAACAGGGCACUUUGACGAUAGUACGCCGAAGUUCCGGCAAAAGCAAAAGCAUCAGCAGUGGGAAUUUCGAAAGUUCCCCGCCGCCGCCGCCGCCGCACAAUCCCGACAGUUCGUAUUUAUCGGGCCAAUCCGUCGACCUCCCCGAUGAGAUCCUCGAUAAUGUCGAUCUCACGACGGACUCGCUUCCUGCCGUUGACACUCCCGACGCGUGCGACAAAGCUGCUCUCAGAUUGAGGUGUUUAUUGAGGCAGCUCCAACAUGGGGAGAUAUCCGCCGAACUGCUCCAACGAAAUUUGCAUUAUGCAGCUCGCGUACUCGAGGCGGUUUUCAUCGACGAGACCAAGGUGAGUUCAGGCGGGAAUGAGUGCGCUCAGUCACCACGUAGGGGGGCGGGCCUGACGUCUUCAUCCCUAGGGGGCGGCGAACCGGACGGACCACAAGGCCACGCGGUGGUAACCCAGAAACGGAAGCUUCGCACCCCCGUAUGGGCAAGAGACGCCGAUCGUGCGGAGUCAGCAGCCACGUGUCGUCCGGGUGUACGCCGUAGGCGGCUGGCGGACGAAGACGAUGAACUGUCAGAGGUGCAGCCGGACGCGGUGCCGCCGGAAGUGCGCGAGUGGUUGGCGUCAACUUUCACCAGGCAGCUCGCAACCACGAGACGGAAGGCUGACGAGAAGCCGAAAUUCCGCUCGGUCGCGCACGCCAUCAGGGCGGGCAUAUUCGUCGAUCGGAUCUACAGAAGAGUCACGAAUACCGCCCUUAUGCAAUUUCCGCCGGACGUCGUCAAAGUGCUUAAGACUUUGGACGACUGGUCGUUCGAUGUAUUUUCCUUGAACGAGGCCGCUUCGGGCACACCGGUGAAAUACUUGGGCUACGAUCUCCUCAAUCGAUACGGUAUGAUUCACAAGUUUAAAGUACCUCCCGCAGUUUUGGAGUGCUUCCUCGGAAGAGUCGAAGAGGGAUAUUGCAGAUACCGAAACCCGUACCAUAACAAUCUUCACGCUGCCGACGUUGCGCAAACGAUGCAUUACAUCUUGUGUCAGACGGGUUUAAUGAACUGGCUGACCGAUCUCGAGAUUUUCGCCACUCUCGUGGCGGCACUUAUUCACGAUUACGAGCACACUGGGACCACAAACAAUUUUCACGUAAUGUCUGGGACCGAUACAGCUCUUUUGUAUAACGACCGAGCUGUGCUAGAAAACCAUCACAUCUCAGCCAGCUUCCGGAUACUUAAAGAAGAUGAUUGCAAUAUAUUGCAGAACUUGUCGAGAGAGGAAUUUCGGGAAUUUCGCUCGCUCGUGAUCGACAUGGUUCUUGCCACCGAUAUGAGUUUUCAUUUUCAACAGUUAAAGAACAUGAAGAAUCUAUUAACUUUGGCGGAGCCAAGCGUCGAUAAAAGCAAAGCCGUUAGUUUGGUCCUCCAUUGCUGCGACAUUUCGCAUCCUGCCAAGAGAUGGGAUCUUCAUCAUAGGUGGACGAUGCAACUUCUGGAGGAAUUUUUCAGACAAGGUGACAAAGAGAGAGAGCUCGGUUUGCCAUUCUCGCCUCUGUGCGAUCGUAACAACACAUUGGUAGCCGAAUCCCAAAUAGGAUUCAUAGAAUUCAUUGUCGAGCCUAGCAUGCAAGUAUGCAGUGACAUGCUGGAAACUGUCCUCGCACCGCUUAAUGUCAAGGAUACCACAGAAGAGCCUAGUAAUGGAGGGGAAAAUAGAAGGUUCAAAAUCGACAAACCUUGGACCUCAUGUCUCGCAGAAAAUAAGAAGAUCUGGAAGGAGCAAGCAGUUCGAGAUGCAGAAGCCAAAGCACAAAAGGAGCAAGAACAAAAAGCCAGUGGUAAUCGCGAGGAUGGUGGAGGAACGCAGGCUCCGGCCGAAGAAUGAAAGAUACAACGAGCGAUUGUAUUCUUCAAGAGUCUCUGCAACUUUAGACUACGUGGAAGAAGCUCGUGAUCUCUCAUUGGAUGGUUAUUAUUAAUAAGUUUAUGGGCUCCUUAUUACGCUUACGAAUGAGAGACAAAGCAUCAUUCGAUAGUAGUACAAAUAGAUGUAUGUAUGUCAUACACAUUAGAUGAGCGGAGACGAUUCAUAAUAUGUUGAGAGAUAGAUUGUUUAAAUUCUUAAAUACCAAAGGCCCGAGUCACGUAUUUGUCUCUGCUACUCCUGUGUAAGAUGUUUCGAUUAGAAGUUAUCGUUUAUUUUUUAUGGCUCGAUAUGAUGUAAAAUUACUCGAUCUUAUUAGAAAGUUACACGCGCUUCUCGAUAUUGUUGUCUCGAUAAUUAUCGUCGAUGUUGUAAUGGUUAUGAAUUCUUUAUCAAUAUGGAAAGCUUUGAUUUCAGAUCCGAUUUUACGUGUUUGCAAAUUGGUAAGUACAAUAUCCGUGAUUUUCGCGAUUCUUGAAAUUCUUCUAAAUUUCUAACGUAAAUAGAUGGACUGAUAGAUGGAUAUAUUGUGUGUUAGAAGAAAGGAGGAGAUAUGAUUCACACAAAUCUUGAUUGUGUUGUAAUAAUAAUUGAUAAAAAUAAUUAAUAAAGGCAUGCCCCCCUCUUGUGUUCUUGAACCGAACAAUGCGGAAAUACGAGUACCUUGCAACAGAUGCACAUUUUAUUUAAAAAAAGAAAAAAGAGUGAUACAAAUUUUACAAUCGGAGAAUAAUAUGUUUUGUGUUUGAUUUCUUUUCACAACAUUACAAACGUGCAAAUAUUUCAGAUAUGCGUUCUUGAUAUUGUAUUAAAAAUCGUAUUUACCGAGGGACAGAAUAUAUUCAACUUAACUUUUAUCUGUGUGAUAAUUAAUCUCGAUAAUCAAUUUUUUUUUAAGCUCAAUUUGAUCAUGCUAAACUACAACACUGAAGCAUUUGAUAUGAAGAGCGUUAUGUACGAUGAAAGAAUUUAUAUACUUUUGAAUGAAUUAUAACUAUCGAUGAUGAUUAUAAGGUUUGUACAAUUAUUAAGAAUAAGAAGAAUCUCUGAGACACUUUA